AUGGAUGACAUCAUCAAGCUGACGUCGAAAGUGUUCCGACGGCGUGGUUUUGUACCUUGUUGUCAUGGGAGGCCUUCACAGUGUCGUGUUUUUAUCCUAACUCAAUUGACAGGUUUGAUUUUAGUGGAAGCAAACUCUGAUUCGUGCUUCGUUUUGCAGCAGGAAGACGACGAGAUGUUAGUCACCCAAUCGACUUCUGCCGAUGUUUUACAGCCAAUGGAAGCAGUUGCGCAAGCGGAGACUGCCACUACGUUUGAAAGCAAGCCCGUCGUGGAUCCUUGGAUAUUGCACUGGAAGAUUAAAAAUUUUUCUAAGGCCAAGAAGCACUCCUCUGCUAUUUUCCAUAGCGGGGGUUAUAAGUGGCAGGUGCUCAUAUCUUUAAACAGCGUGCGCCAUUUGUCCAUGUAUCUAAAAGUUGCGGAUGCGGCGAAUUUGCCUUACGGAUGGAGUAUUUGCUCUCAAUUCAGCUUGGCUGUGAUUGAUCAAAUCAAUAGAAAAUACACAGUUAGACAUGAGACACAUCACAAAUUUAAUGCUCGAGCGAGUAACCGGGGUUUUCAGUUCUUCAUGGCCCUCUGUAAACUAAAGGAACGGGGUAAAGGAUAUAUUGUGAAUGACACAGUGAUAGUUGAAGCUGAAGUUGCUGUCAAGGCUGUGUAUGACUCGAAAACGGAAACAGGUUAUGUUGGACUGAAGGAGAUGAGAGUAACCCGUUACAUGAAUUCUCUCUUCCAGACAUUGUACCAUAUCCCCUACUUUAGAAAGGUCGUGUACAAUAUUCCAGGAACUGAGAUUGACACGCUAUCGAGGAGUGUCCCCCUGGCUCUUCAGAGUUUAUUCUAUAAGGUUCAGCAUGGUUGCAGCAGUGUUGCAAUGAAAAAUCUGAUAACGUCUUUUGUAUUCAUGCAACAUGAUGCACUGCAAUUUAAUAGGGUUCUUUGUGAAAAGCUGGAAGAUAAAAUGAAGGGAACUAUUGUUGAGGGUAGAAUACGAGAGUUGUUUGAAGGGCGCUAUACGAAAUUGGACGACAGGUCUGCAAUUAAUGAAUCAUUUUUCGGUCUUCGGCUUGAUGUCAAAGGCUGUCAAGAUGUCUACGCUUCCUUUGACAAGUACGUGGAACCUGAACGAUUUGAGGGCGAUAGCAAGGAUUCUGCUGCACAAUGUGAACGGCAGGAUGCUAGGAAGGGUGUCCGGUUCAUUGAUUUCCCUCCUGUCCUUCAGCUUCAGCUAGAAGGGUUUGAGUACAAUGGUUGGGGGAGUGGUACGGUGAAGAUAAAUGAUCGUUAUAAGUGUCCUAUGGAAUUGGACCUUGAUCAGGGUAAUAGAAAAUAUUUGUCUCGUGAAGCAGAUAUUGGAGUUCGGAACGUUUAUACACUUUACAGUGUUUUGGUUUACAGUGAUGGGGUGCAUUGUGGACCUUAUUAUGCUUUUAUCAGGCCAACCCUCUCUGAUCAAUGGUACAAGUUUCAUGACGAACAGGUAACAAAGGAAGAUAUGAAUUGGGACUUGGAAGAGCAGUAUGGUGGUGAGGAAAAGACAAAUUCUGGCUUCAACAACACUCUGUUUAAAUUGACGAACUACUCCAACCCCAACAUGCUUGUCUAUGUACGUGAAGGUGACAAGGAGAAAAUAUUUUGUAACAUGGAUGAGACAAAUGUAGCUAAGCACAUUAGAAAAAGGUUUGAAAAAGAAGAUGAAGAAAAGAAGCAGAAGAAAAAGGAAAAGGCAGACUAUCACCUUUCGUCAAUCAAAAAGGUUGUACGAGAUGAGGAUCUCAGUGAGCGUACUAGUAAGGAUAUUGGUUUUGAUCUUGUGGAUCAUAAUCAAGGCUCGAGCUUCUAUAUUGGAAACCAAAUUCCUUCUAUCACUUUCAAGGUAUACAGUAAGUGUUUGCAUUGCAUCUCUGGAAGUUUAGCCUCUAGGGACAAUGCUUUGUUGAGUUGA